CUUUUCUCUUCCAUUCCAUUCAAAUCUCAUGGUCAUUGAGAAGUGAGUGGAAGCCCGAAGACUCAGCUCCACUCCACAGAGAGAACCCUCCGACACUCCCGCGAAUCCAGCGACAAAGCGCGAGCAAUUCGACUUCCUCACCCUCACCUGCGACGCAAGCUUCAAAUCUUCAUCUUGUCCCUUCCUCCGUCUUCUCCAGUCGCCCAUUUCAUGGUUGGUGCGAAAGUUUUUUUUUUUUAGAUCGGGAGUUGUUUCGCUCUUUCUAGGUUUCUUUUGUUUCGGUUGGAACACCAAAAUGGCGCCUUUUGGCUGAGAGGGUGUUGGUUUUGGUUCGAAAGUUACGGUGAUGGCGUUUGGUUUGGCAUGUGAUUGGUUCCGGCAAUUUUUCCCCCUUUCUAUUGGCCGCUUUCUCUUUGAUGUGUAUGGAUUGGAAGUGUCGACACUUGGGGAUUAUGCUGUGGUAGUUCUUGUUUGUCAAACGAAUUCUUCAUCUCGGGCUACCUGGUUCUUAGCUAUGACCCCUGCACUUUGUUCUUAGGAUGAUAAAGUUUGUUGCAAAAUUAGGCAAUUUCCAUUGACGUUUAUUGAAGCAUUGGUGUAGUAUGGCUAACAAGAAUACACAGCCAUGUUGGCCUGGAUGCCGGCUUCCUUUAUUGUUCUGUCUUGGUUUUGCAAUAGUCCUGGCUCUCCCCUAUCUGUUUUUCUUGGAUUACAAUGAUCCAAAAGAGAAGUUCUUUUCCAUGAUUGAGAACCGAAGACUCCCUUUGAAAGACCAUGAAGAAGAGCCCUCGUUGUCUAUGGAAUCGACUUUCCGCGUUCAAAGUGGACCGGCAGAUGAAGAUCUCAAGCAGUGUGAUCUGAGCAAGGCAAUGUUGAAGGUUUUCAUGUAUGAUAUGCCUCCUGAGUUUCACUUUGGUCUUUUAGAUUGGAAAGGAGAUGGAAAGAGUGUGUGGCCGGAUAUCCAGACCGAAAUUCCAGAUCAUCCUGGUGGCUUGAAUCUUCAACACAGCAUUGAGUACUGGCUGACAUUGGAUCUUCUAUCCUCAAGAUUCUCUGACCGGAGUGGCCCUUGCACAGCUGUAAGGGUUGAUGAUUCUCGUGAAGCUGAUGUUGUGUUUGUGCCUUUCUUUUCUUCUUUGAGCUACAACCGCCAUUCUAAUGUUAAACCACCAGAAAAAAUUAGUAGAAACAAAGCACUGCAGAAGAAAUUGGUGGAGUAUUUAACAGCUCAACAGGAGUGGAAAAGGUCAGGGGGGCUUGAUCACAUUGUAAUGGCACACCAUCCCAAUAGCAUGCUAGGUGCUAGAACGAAGUUGUGGCGUUGCACAUUCAUUCUUGCAGAUUUUGGACGAUAUGUUCCCCAUGUUGCUAAUGUGGAGAAAGACAUAAUUGCUCCCUACAAGCAUAUGAUCAGGACAUUCGUCAAUGACUCAUCUGGUUUCGAUGAUCGUCCUACUUUGUUGUACUUUCAAGGAGCUAUCUACAGGAAAGAUGGUGGAUCAGUGCGACAAGAGCUGUUCUAUCUUCUAAGACAUGAGAAAGAUGUGCAUUUUUCAUUUGGAAGCAUAAGUAAGAACGGGAUCAGUGGAGCCAGUCGAGGAAUGCAUGGAUCAAAAUUCUGUCUGAACAUCGCCGGAGAUACUCCAUCUUCCAACAGACUCUUUGAUGCCAUAGCUAGCCACUGCAUCCCUGUUAUCAUCAGUGACGAGAUUGAGCUUCCAUAUGAAGAUGUCCUCGACUAUUCCAGUUUCUGCAUAUUUGUGCGCACUUCUGAUGCUAUCAAGAAAAGAUUUCUGAUCAAGUUGAUCAGAGGUAUAAGCCGAGAGGCCUGGACCAAAAUGUGGCAAAGGUUGAAGGAGGUCCAAGGCUACUUCGAGUUCCAGUACCCAUCAAAGAAAGAUGACGCGGUUCAAAUGAUAUGGCAAGCAGUGGCCAGAAAAGUGCCAGCAAUUCGGCUCAAGCUCCACAGAGCAAGGCGGUUCGCUGGGUUCAAAAUAGAAGAUCGGAUUAGAAGUUUAAGAAGUUCUAAAAGAGUGUCAUCUAGAGCCCGUCGUCACCGAAUACAUCAAUAGUCCUAGUGAUGAUUUUUGGAGGAACUUAUUUGUUUACUUUUCUUUGCGAAGUGGUAUCGAGGUGAGGAGGAGAUAGUGUAUUCUACAUUUUGGGAGAAUUAAGUUUUGUUUUAAUACACUGCUGAUACUGCUGUGCUAUUGUGACAUUGGAAGCAUUGCCACAUUGAAUGACAAAUCAUAGCAGAUAACUCA